AUGUCAAAUUUAACACCAUGUCUUUAUUGUCAUCGGUUAUACUCUAAAUAUUCUUUAAAUUUACAUCAACCAAAAUGUUUUGAUAAUCCUAGUAGCAAGAUUCAAGAAGAUAUUAAUAAUUUAAAUAAUAAAAAUUUUUCCCUUCCAUAUAUUAAUAAAAAAAAUAACAAAAGUAGAAAAGGUUCAUCCUUAAAUAGAAGUAAAUCAUCAUCAUUUAAUGGCAAUAAAACUACCAAUAAGAUAAAUUCAUAUGAUAAUAUAAAUAUAAAUUAUAAACGAAGAUUUUCAAAUGGAGAUAGUGAUCGUAGUGUUAGUCAAAAAAUUGUUACCCCAUCACUAGACUCCACCACAGAAGUUGUUGAAAAGUUACAAUCAUUAAUUUUAACUGAAUCAACACAAAAUAUUUUAGAUAGACCUGGAACUCAAACAUUAUAUCCAUCACAGGAGAAUUGUGAAAAUUAUUUAAUGUGUUUUAUUUGUGGAGUAUUUUGUGAACCUAUAUUGAUUAAAAAUCACCAAGAACAAUGUUUAAUUAUUUGGGAAACUAUUCAUAAACAAUUACCAAUGUACAUUCGUUCAACUCCCCCUAAAAUUAUUAAUGUUCCAAGUGUUGAUGGCACAAUAAAUAUUACAAGACAUAAUCAAUUAGCUGAGGCUAGUUAUAAAAAAUGUCAAAGAACAAGGUGUAACAGAUGUGGAAAAUAUUUUAAUUUUAAUGAAGUUUUAAAUCAUGUUUGUCAAUGUUUUGAGCCAAAAUUUGAAUUAUAUUUUUGA